AUGAUCACUGGCAAGGACUCAGCAAGGCCCUGGUUAUUCACGGGUUUCUAUGGUCACCCAGACAAAGGGAAAAAGGAUGGCAGCUGGGACCUCCUCAAGAGAAGGGUGCUAGAACAGUGUGAAAUCAGAGAUAUCCCAAGUGUAGGUCAAAGCUUUUCCUGGUCAAAUAACAGAAGAGGGGAAGGGCACAUAAAGGAAAAGCUUGAUAGAGCAUUGGCAAAUAAACCAUGGCUGGAUCUCUUUAAUGAAGCGAACUGUAAUGUCAUGGCGGCUGUGAAGAUCACUCUCCAAUCCACAUCAGAAUGCCAGUUCAAAUCCAAAGAAAUAGGAGAAAACAAAAAAUCUUCAGAUAUGAAGCCACAUGGGAGGGUUUGGAUGGGAAAAAACAUAGCUGAAUCCAUGAGAAAGAGGCAAAAAAGAUGCCAAGUGGGACUCAUGAAGUGGAAAAAAGUUAAAAACCAGCAUGAGAACCAGGAUUUGAACCAGAUCUGGGCAAAGAUAAGCCAAUUGCAAGACAAGGGUGAUGGUAACCAUGUAAAUCAAAUGCUGGCCUUGCAGAAACAAGCUGAAACAGUUCUUGAGGAAAAUGACCUAAAGUGA